AGACUCAGCCCCGCCAGCCUCAGAGUGGUUUUUCCCUCUUUAUUCUUAGAUGGGAGACACAGGCCCCAGGGAGGGUGCCUGCUGAGAGGGUGAGGGGCCCUGGCCCUGCUGGCCCGUGCCAGCACCCAGUCCCCUCACCCGGCCCCAGAAGGGCUGUGCUGCGUGGCCCACCCUCUGCUUCCCCAGAGCUCGGGCUGUGUGGCAGCAAGGGCCGUGGGGGCCUGAGUUUGCUCCCCGGGAUGGUUGGGCCCCCUCAUUCCUGCAUCAGGGGACGGACCCCCAGAGGGACUCGUGGGCAGGGCAGGCAGGGCUCUGAGUGUGUCCGCACCAGCCAGCCUCCCUGGAGCAUCAGCACGUGACGGUCCUGGGUGUGGGCCAGCCCCUCUCUUGGACCCAGUCCCCUGGCCAGGCCCCUUCACCCCGUCCCAGGAGCAGGGCCCUAACCCAGCACCCCAGACGUGCAUCAGAGCCGACCACUGGACCAAACUCCCCAAGUCCAAGCAUGGACGGCAUCUCACACUCCUUGGGGGACAAGACCACCACCCUGGGCAGCCCAGAGGGGGCUCCUGAGCGCCUGCAUUUAGAGCUGCCUGGAGGGGGCAACAAUGCUGGCCACACCGUGGUGGUAGACGGCAAGGAGUACGACUUCCACCUGCUGCCCAGCGGCAUCAUCAACACCAAGGCCAUGUCCUUCAUUGGCAACGGAGUGGUUGUCCACUUACCAGGCUUGUUCGAAGAAGCAGAAAAGAAUGAGAAGAAAGGCCUGAAGGACUGGGAGAAGAGGCUCAUUAUCUCUGACCGGGCCCACCUCGUGUUCGAUUUUCACCAGGCGGUGGAUGGGCUCCAGGAGGUGCAGAGGCAGGCCCAGGAGGGCAAGAACAUCGGCACCACCAGGAAGGGGAUUGGACCGGCCUACUCGUCCAAAGCGGCCCGCACGGGCCUCCGCAUCUGUGACCUCCUGUCGGACUUCGACGAAUUCUCCACUCGAUUCAAGAACCUGGCCCAUCAGCACCAGUCCAUGUUCCCCACUUUGGAAAUAGAUGUUGAAGGUCAACUCAAAAAGCUCAAGGGCUUCGUUGAGCGGAUCCGACCCAUGGUCCGAGACGGCGUUUACUUCAUGUACGAGGCGCUCCACGGCGCCCCCAAGAAAAUCCUCGUGGAAGGCGCCAACGCAGCCCUCCUCGACAUUGACUUCGGGACCUACCCCUUUGUGACGUCAUCCAACUGCACGGUGGGCGGCGUGUGCACCGGCCUGGGCAUCCCCCCCCAGAACAUAGGCGAGGUCUACGGCGUGGUGAAGGCCUACACCACACGCGUGGGCAUCGGCGCCUUCCCCACCGAGCAGAUCAACGAAAUCGGGGACCUGCUGCAGAGCCGCGGCCAUGAGUGGGGUGUGACCACGGGCAGGAAGAGACGCUGUGGCUGGCUGGACCUGAUGAUCCUCAGAUAUGCCCACAUGGUCAACGGAUUCACUGCGCUGGCCUUAACGAAGCUGGACAUCCUGGACGCCCUGGACGAGAUUAAAGUCGGCGUCGCGUACAAGCUCAGCGGGAAGCGGAUCCCCUACUUCCCAGCCAACCAGGAGAUUCUGCAGAAGGUGGAGGUGGAGUAUGAGACGCUGCCUGGGUGGAAGGCGGACACUACGGGCGCCAGGAAGUGGGAGGACCUGCCCCCGCACGCCCAGAGCUAUAUCCGGUUUGUGGAGAACCACGUUGGAGUGGCAGUGAAAUGGGUUGGUGUUGGCAAAUCCAGAGAUUCGAUGAUCCAGCUGUUUUAGACAAAGACAGAGCUGAUCCCGGCAGGCCACGUCCACGCCAGCAGCCACAGUAGUGUUCUUUCCCCAGCCAGCAAAAACAACGCCGUAAACAAAGAGAUUUGAAAACUAUUUUCUGUACUUUUAUAUUUCGCUUUAAGCCUUCAGCUCCACCCACUGAUUUCUACAACAACUUGAAACAUCUGAAAACCAGUGUUGGGUACAUUUUUUAAAAUCCCGCUAUUUCAAAUGAGCCGAAGCGCUCAAAACAGAGACCUUUUAUGGCACGUGAAUUGUCACAUGGUUGUAUGCCCGGUUGGAGCCAUUUAGUAAUAAACAAAUCCGACAGCCGCU